GCGGGGCCGCGGCCGCCGGGCACGUUCGGUUGCCGUGUCCCUCUCCAGCCUCUGUCUCCGCGGCUUCGCCGGUGCCUCCCCAUCCCCGCCGGCACUUCCCCCCCGCGGGCCCUCGUUCCGGUGGGCGGCGGCGGCGCCGCGGUGCGGCCCGUUGAUGUGAGGCGCGGCUCGGCGGCGGGGCGCGGAUGGCGGCGGGGGCCGGCGCGGCGGCCGGGGGCCGCAGCUUCUCUUUCAAGGUGGUGCUGCUCGGGGAGGGCUGCGUGGGCAAAACCUCGCUGGUGCUGCGCUACUGCGAGAACAAGUUCAACGAUAAGCACAUCACCACCCUGCAGGCAUCUUUUCUUACGAAGAAAUUAAAUAUUGGUGGAAAAAGAGUAAACCUUGCAAUAUGGGAUACAGCUGGGCAAGAAAGAUUCCAUGCAUUGGGGCCUAUCUACUACAGGGACUCUAAUGGCGCUAUUCUAGUAUAUGAUAUAACAGAUGAAGACUCUUUUCAAAAGGUAAAAAACUGGGUUAAGGAAUUAAGAAAAAUGUUGGGAAAUGAAAUCUGUUUAUGUAUAGUAGGUAACAAAAUAGACUUGGAAAAAGAGAGACACGUUUCAGUGCAAGAAGCAGAAAUGUAUGCUGAAUCUGUUGGAGCAAAACAUUAUCAUACGUCAGCUAAACAGAACAAAGGAAUUGAAGAACUGUUUCUUGACCUUUGCAAAAGAAUGAUAGAAACUGCUCAAGUGGAUGAAAGAGCAAGAGGCAAUGGCUCCAGUCAGUCAGGAACAGCAAGGCGAGGUGUACAGAUCAUUGAUGAUGAGCCACAAGUACAGAGCAGCGGAGGGUGCUGUUCUUCUGGAUAAUUAUAAAACUGUGCAUCACUGCCCUCUCAAUAUGAAGACUGCCAUAUUCCAAGUCACACAUUCUUUACCAAUGGAGUAAUAGAAUUAACAGUAUUUAAAAAUAAUCACAUGUAACACUGCAGAGACCUUAAGUGCUAAACUAGUGGCGUCUGUGACCAGAGAAUUGGCGUUUUCUACAGUGGUUAACAAAGCAAUUACCAAUGGCCUUUUUACAUAUUUUUCUUUAAUGAGGAAUAAUAUGCAUGUAGAAAAGACCUACUUAAAGGCUUCAUUUAUAUUCUUUUAAAUCAGAUCAUUAUUUAAUAACUUAUAUACAUUGUUGUUGGAAUGGUAUACGUUUUUGCAGCUCUUUGUACUUUGUGGUAGAUGGAAUUGUAUCACUUCUAAAAUGCAAGUUGAUUUUUUUUUUUUAAAUUAGCAGAUAUCUGAAUUAAUAUUUUUGCAGGGCCUCUACAAGCCUAUAACUCAACUACUUUGAUAUAUUCUGUUCAUCUGUAUGCCAAGCUGAUAAAAUACAUUGUAAAUUACAUAUUAAAUAUUUUAUCUGCUUUUACAGUUGCAGGUGCAGAAAUAUGUACAUCAGUCUUGUCUGUGAUCGUGAAGUGAAUAAGUCAGUGAAAGAUGCAAGCUUUUCAUGUGCACUGUUAAAUUGCUCAUUCUAGUCCCCUACCUAAAAACAGCUUUGUUUUGGGUACAUCCAUAGCUACAGCAAUUCUUUAAUCCAUUUCGGGCAAGCAGCAGUAUUUAGAGCAUCCCCUUACUGGAAGAGAAUGCUUCUGUAAACUGCUGUUUAACAUUGAGGUGUUUGACUUGCAGCUAAAACAGUUGGUGCAUGCACAUACCUUGCCUCUGCAGUUACUUUGUUCUCUCAGAAGAUCCCCAGAAAGUCAAAGCAACCAUCUGUCUGGUAGCCAGUAAACCAGAUGCAUGGGAAACUCUUUAGCUGCUCUAAUAGAUUUGUUUCCAAAGACAGCAUUAUAAACUAUUCAUGAGCAUAUUUUUCUUCCCUGUAGGGCUUGAGUGAACAAUUAAUUGACAUUAACUAGAACUUCUAAUUUGGAGUGAUUAAAUUGAAGGUGUGAAACUUGCCAGAUGUAGCUGUAACUAAGGGGAUUCUAGGCAGAAUUGAACUUAUUCCUGACUUGCUCUUUCUCUUGUAAAGUGUUUUGAAAAAGCCCAUUUAAGUUUCAGGAGGAGGAUUUUCUGAAAAAAAAAGUGUGAACUACUUUCACAAAAAACCACAAGUGGUGGUAGCUGAAAUUUCGAAAUGUUUUGUGCUCUGACUUUUUUUACUUAAGUUGUCAUGCUUGGAAAAACAGUAAAGGUGAUGUCUAUGACAAAGUAGAAUAUCUUUGGCCUUCCUUUUUCUGAAAGGUAGAUUUAGUAUUGCAUAUGAAUGCACUGAAUGGCGUGGGUAUGUUCUGAUAGACAAAAAAGUAGUAGUAAUGAAUUAGUCUGUGUAAGA